AUGGAGGACGGAAUCUUGGAAGCUGCCCGGCAGGUGGGGGCGCGGCUGGACUCCGCGGUGGACGCCAUCAGCAGCACGCUGGACGGGCCCAACGUGAAGGCGAGCGAAAGCGUGCAGCGGUCGGCUGAGACGCUCAUCAACGAGGUCUGGGCCGUCGUGGACGCAUCGUAUAUGGACGCGCGGCAAGCCGGGUUUGACCGCGGGCAGUGGGCGGCCCUGAGGGACAGGGCCCUCGCACGGAAAUACAAGGACACCGCCGCGGUGCACAGGGCCGUGCGCGACAUGGUGGCGCGCGGCCUGCCGGACCCGUACUGCCGCUGGGUGCCGCCGUCGGAGUUUGCGGCGAUGAAGAAGUAUGACGUCACCGGGGUGGGGCUCAACCUGGGCACGGCAGAGGAGUACGUCAAAAAGACGGGCCGCGAGCUGCCCGGCAACCGCGGCGCGUACGAGGGCGACGUAUGGGUGGUCGGCAUCAGCAAGGGCUCCGCCGCUGACCUGGCGGGCCUCGAGCAGGGGGACCAGCUCGUGGCAGUGGGCGGCAGGGGCCUCGGCGGCGCCAGCCCCUUCCAGGCUGCGGCCAUGAUAUCCGAGCCGCCAGACGCCGACGACGCGCCCCCGGCGCUGGCGGCAAGCAGCGGCGCGGACGGCGCGGGCGGCGACGGCGGCGGCGGCGGCGGGGGGCUGGUGGGCCUGCGGGUGCGGAAGGCGAGCGGGCGGGUCGAGGAGUACACCGUCGCGCGGCCGUCGGUGCAGCUGGCGUCGCCGCUUCACGGCGCGCGCGCAGCGGGACGUGGCGGCGGCGAUUGA